AAAAGAAUCGUUAAGGGUAAAAUGGUCCCAUUAAUAUCCCACGCGUUUGUAGUAUAGCCAUUCGGAAUCGAAAAAGAGAAAUUAUAAUUUGACCCCAGAUAAAUUUCUUCUGCCGCCCCCAAAUUCAACGCCUCAAUAGUUGUUGAACAAUUGAUUGAACUCUCGUAAAUUUGAAUGUACUGACGUUCUCAUUUCUCAACUUGGAAUUUAGGUUUUCUGAUGAUUUCCACUCGAAUACCCUUUUGAUUUUUUGAUUUCUCGAUCUCUGGGAACAAAUCUUGUGAGAAGGCAGUGGAUAAGAUAACUAUCUGCUGCGAUCUGCAUUUUUUUUUUAAUUGUGGAUUGAGCUGGUAAAAAUGGCUGAAAAAGCAUGUGUAAAGCGCCUCCAAAAGGAAUAUAGAUCACUCUGCAAGGAACCUGUUUCCAAUGUGGUGGCACGCCCUCAUCCAAAUAACAUCCUCGAGUGGCAUUAUGUGUUGGAAGGAAGUCAAGGAACAGCUUUUGCAGGUGGUUAUUACUAUGGACAUAUAAAGUUUCCACCAGAAUACCCUUUCAAACCUCCAGGAAUCAGUAUGACCACUCCAAAUGGACGCUUUUUGACAAAAACGAAGAUAUGCCUGUCUAUGAGCGACUUUCAUCCCGAGAGUUGGAACCCCAUGUGGUCUUCCUCAAGCAUACUGACUGGGCUCCUCUCCUUCAUGAUGGACAAUAGUCCCACCACGGGCAGCGUCUCAACUUCAGACGAAGAUAAACAAAGGCUUGCAAAGGCUUCUCUGGCUUUUAAUUGCAAAAUCCCGACUUUUAGGAAACUAUUUCCAGAGUAUGUGGAGAAAUACGAAGAACAACUAGCAGCUGAGCAAUCUGCAGAUGAGGUGGCAGCAGCUCAAGAAUCUACCAAGGACGAAAAUGCGGGUCCCACAUUAAAGAAACGUGGAAAUAAGGAGGAGCUGAAAAACGUGCAAGUUCCAAAAGAUUUGAAUAACCAGCAGAGGCGGCGCUCUACACCUACCUGGCUGUUAUUGCUGCUUGUUUUCGUUUUUGCUGCUGUAAUGGCUCUCCCUCUUCUUCAACUUUGAUUAAAUAAAUAUAUAUAUAACCAUCAAGAAUUUAAAAUGGCAUAUUUUAAUGUGUGAUUAGGUUGCUAAUUAGCAUCUUGAAUCUUCCCGUAAAAGCUAGUAAAUGUCUUAUGUACGAAAAGGGACUUGUAUAGUUUCGGCCGAACGAAGGAAGUUUAGUUUCCUCUACAAUUUGCUGCAUUAACUAGUGCAGAAUUACAUGUCCUAUUUUCAUUUUUUUUUCCUGAUUUUAUUGGAUAAAUUUGUAUAGUUCUUUUUGCUUA